AUGGACUACUUCAACCAGAACCCAGAUCAAGGCCGGCGGCCUGCGAGCUCCGCAAACCAGCAGGAUCGCCUCAGUGCACCUCGCACCCCUGGCGGUGCAAGACGCAUAUUGGGAGCGCCCUCGUAUGAAAGCAUGAGGAUGCCCUCCAAUAUUCGCAUACGACGGCUUCCCUCUUCCAACUUCAGUCCGCAGAUUCCACAAAGCGCUUCGCAGGAACAUGUGCAAACUCCUUCCGCAGACGACACGGAACUCACAGGAAGAAGAAGAAGCUCCUCAGCCCCACGUUCGUUUGGUUAUGGGCCCAACUUUACUGCGGCAGACCUUGCAAGGCAAUCGACACUAAAUGAAUCGCAUAUGCCACCAAUCCGAGAAGGACAGGCUGCGUCGCGCGGCAACUCAAUGCAUCCUGGAUUUCCCGAGAGCCUCGAUGGCUCACGCGCGUAUACGCCUGGAAUCAAUGCCGAGGACAUGGCUGCACGUACGCCUGCACCGGAAACGUUCGGUCCAACAGGUUCAGCUAUGCACAGUGCUGGCAAUGCGGCGCAGCGGUCGAGAGGGUUCAGUCUGAAUCGCUUCAGGUCGAAUACCUCGACAACUAUGCAUCCCAACACAAGACGGAAUUCAACGAUCGCGUCUCAAGAUGAAUAUGAGUCGGAUGUAAUUGAUCUUCUAGACCUUGUCGAUCCCGAGGUGCGGACUUUGGGAACACUGACUAACCUUCAAAACUCGUUGUUCGUCCCCGAUCUCGGUGGUUUGGUGAAUCGACGGCCUACAUACGAUCUGACACGACGCCCAACAGAAGAUGCUGCAGUUGUAGCACGCUCGAGAGCAGGAACUCGUACAUCCAGGGGGGAAUUGAUGUCACCGACAAGGCCGGCUUCGCAAACUCAGACUGAACAUGAACCAGAGCAGAUUGAGCUSGAUGGCGACAUCGAGUUGCAGGACAAUCGUAUGACCCGUCAGAUCUCGAUCUCGUCAGAGGUCAGUGAUUCUCACUACGCUGUACUUCCUCACGGUGUGAGUCUGGAAGGCUGGGCCGACGAAGACGUCGCGGAGCUAAACGACCAUGUUCGCCACCUCAUGCAUUCCAAGCGUGAAGGUUUCAAGCGCUCCAUGAGAGGAUUUCGCCAAUACGUCAGCAAGCCACUAGGCGCAUUCGUUUUCAUCUACGCAACGCUCGUAACGCUAUUCGGUGCUGCUUGGGUCUUCGGCUUGAUCGGAUGGAUUUACGUUGGCGACGGAAGACAGGAAUAUUUCAUUAAUGUUGUUGAUCUUGUCUUGGUCGCCCUGUUUGCGCUCAUGGGAGAUGGGCUAGCACCCUUCCGAGCGGUCGACACAUACCACAUGCUCUUCAUUGCACACUACCACCAUCUGACCUGGAAAUUACGAGAAAAGAAAAAUCUACCGGACCUCGUUGAUCAUAAUGAUUUGCCUGCCAGGCGUGGCGACGAUCCACCGGACAGCGACGACAUUAUUGAUAAGGAAGAGAUGGCCGAGUACUCCGUUCUCACCGUUCAACAACAGAAGCGUCUGCAAUACCAUCAGGCGAAGUUCAACAAGAGCCACACGUUUUACAAGCCACACGAGACAGCGACACAUCACGCAUUUCCUUUGAAGCUUCUGGUCGCGGCUGUUAUCCUCCUCGACUGCCACAGCUUUCUACAGAUAGCACUGGGUACCUGCACCUGGGCUAUCGAUUACCGGGUCCGACCCGAAGCUCUGACUGCAACCAUUCUUUCCUUUUCAAUCGCAUGCAACAUUGCAGCUGGUGUCGUGAUUAGUAUCGGCGAUCACAAGACGCGCAAGAAGGAUGUCCUUGAGCGGAUAUUCCGCCAAGGUCUCACAGAGCAGGCUUUGAAGACCAUGGCGAAGCGGCACCAGAGAGGAAAGCUAGGACUGGCUGUGGAUAAGAGUAAGCUCGAAAGUGGCGGCAAGGUUGCAAAUGCGGCAGAAGCCGUCACAGGGACAGGGCCAAAGACUAAGAAGGCGAGGAAAUCAGAAGAUGCUCGCGCACAGAGCGUUCAAGUAUGA